CGAAGGAGGUGCAAUUCCCGCACCGAUCGAAGCCCAAAUCGGUCAUUUGAGAUCAGAGUGGAGAGAGAGGAGAGAGAAGAGAGAGAGAGAGAGAGAGAGAGUGUGUGUGUUUGCAAAAAGACGAGUUUUAGAGAGAUAAAGUGGUGUGUUAAAGAGACAGAGAGACUCGUGGAGGGUCGCUGCGUGCGAUGCGUGGAGGGAGGGAGGGCAGGUGGUGAGUGGCGAGCGAGAGAUAGAGUAAAACGCCGAGAUCGCGUUCUUGAAAAUGGCGGAUCAUCAAGCUAAAGCCAUUAGAGACUGAGAAACAGCUCUUUGCUUUCGUCUUUUUCGCUCUUCAAAUCUCUCGAUCACCGACUUUCAGAGAUGACAGAGGCGACGAAGGUGUUGUACAUAGUGGUGGUGGACGAUGAAGCUAAGAGAGAGAAAGGAAAAGAGUCUUUUCGAUAUACGCGCCCUGUUUUGCAAAGCUCUUUGCAACUCAUGGGCUGCAAGCCUCGGCAUGCCUUUAAGAUUAGCCAGCGGGUUUUCGAAUUGAUAAGAAACGAAAGCUCAUCUAGUGUAUUGCUUCCAGAAGGAACGGAAAAUGUUUCCCCUAGUAAAGCUGAGGCUUGCAAGCAUUUUGUUUCAGGGAAGGAUGACAGCAAUAAGAGUGUUCCAUUUGAAUUGUACAAAAUACGCACGACUGUUGUUGUUACGAGAGAAACUUUCUUAGAUGUUGUUUGUGAUGCUUUGGCUGAGUACAAGUAUGUCGGUCCCAACCAGAGGGCGGACUUAGCUUUGGCAUGCAGAAUCCGUGAAAGGAAGGAAUCUGUGACUGUACUGUUGUGUGGCACUAGUGGCUGUGGAAAAUCUACUUUGUCCUCAUUGCUGGGUAGUAGGUUGGGAAUCACAACUGUGAUAUCUACUGACUCAAUUCGGCACAUGAUGAGGAGUUUUGUGGACGAUAAACAAAACCCUCUGCUCUGGGCUUCAACCUACCAUGCUGGGGAGUGCUUGGAUCCAGUGUCUGUUGCAGAAGCAAAAGCCAAAAAGAAAGCCAAAAAAUUAGCUGGAACUUUACACUCACUUCCCAAAGAUGGAAUGCCUGAUGGCUCUGCCUUUGGGAAAUCUGAUACCCGGAUGUCAGAUGUUGGUUCGAGUACUGCUGAAUUGAUCAGUCCAAAGCAGAUGGCAGUUGAAGGGUUUAAAGCACAAAGUGAGAUGGUGAUUGACAGUCUUGAUCGGCUUAUCACUGCAUGGGAGGAACGAAGAGAAUCAGUUAUUGUCGAAGGUGUUCACCUUAGUCUUAAUUUUGUGAUGGGGCUUAUGAAGAAACACCCUUCUAUCAUUCCAUUCAUGAUAUACAUCACAAAUGAGGACAAGCACAUGGAACGAUUUGCCGUUCGUGCAAAGUAUAUGACACUGGACCCAGCAAAGAACAAAUAUGUGAAAUAUAUCCGAAACAUCAGAACAAUCCAAGAAUAUCUCUGCAAGCGAGCUGACAAGCAUCUUGUCCCCAAAAUUAACAAUACUAAUGUUGACAAGAGUGUGGCAGCCAUCCAUGCAACCGUCUUCAGUUGCCUACGUAGGCGUGAAGCAGGGGAGCAACUUUAUGAUCCCCCAAGAAACACAGUUACUGUAGUGGAUGAGGAGUACAGGAACCAGUGUGCAGCCAAUUCUUUGAGUUCUAAGGGGAUGUUUCAGCUGAUCCAGAGGAAAGGUUCAACCAGGCAUCUGAUGGCUCUUGUAAAUACUGAUGGAUCUGUGGCAAAGGCAUGGCCUGUUGAUUCAGUUGAUAGGAAUGGGAAGCCUAUAUUUUGCCAUGGGACUGACUUGGAGAUUGGCAGCGCAGAGCAAGUAAAUCUUCAGUUUGGUCUCUAUGGGAUCAGCGCUUGGCCCAGUGAUGGUGGCCCGAGUUGUGCUGGAAGUGUGGAUGAAUCGAGGGCUGAUGGAACUGAGAUUGGAAGAAGUCAUCCCUCUUCUUGCUGCAGCUCGCCACGGAUAUCUGAGGGGCCUGCCAAAGAGCUGAAGGAAGAAAAUUCAGUGCAUGGAAGUGAUGAAGAGGUUGAUGAAGAGGCUGAUGCAGGCAGUGAUGAGGAAUUAAGUGAUGAUGGUGACAAACAGGACUAUGAAGAGAUAGGGUCAGUGGAUGAGGAGUCUACAAAAUCGGAUGAAGAGUACGAUGACCUUGCAAUGCAGGACGUGCAGGGAAAUGGAUACUGGUCAGGGGAGGAGAAGAGAGGGGACAAUCCUAAGAUUUUCCCUGUUUCCGAUGAUCAAUCAGCCGAUAAAGAAGGGGAUAAGGAUGGAAUCGGUUGUUUUUUCAAUCUCUGUUCAAGAUGUAUUGGCCCACUAUUCACCAAGUUGCUGAGGCCAGCAAGGGGAGGAGUUGCAUCUGGCUAAGAAUGGGCAUAUAGAGAUCCAGCAAACAAUAACACACUCCGGCUUCGGUAGCAAAAGUGCUUCUCCACUCUUUCGGUAGAAGAUAGGAAGAUAGUUUUGGUUUUUAUUGCUUCACUUGUUCACGAAUCAUAAGUGAAGGAUUUGUUUUUUUUUCAUUUGACCCUAUAUAACUUGGUUUAUGGCCGAUGCAUUGCUUUCUUUCCUGUAAAAAAGCUGGUUGAAUAGUUCCAUAACUGGGUGAAAACUGGGGCUUUAGGCUCGUCUCCAAUCGAAUCCCCAGAAGAAGCUAGAUGGAGAUCCCUUACUAACUGCAAAUAUCGUUUUGUUCACACAAAAAAAAAAUUGAAAGUACCAUACGUCCUUAAUUUACUAUUUCUUACUCAAAUUUCAGAGUACUGCAAGCAUCCGAGGGUUGGCCGCAACCCUAUAGCAAGUGAACAGUUUGGUAGGGGAUGCAACUGUUCCACACAUCCUCUGCAAGGGCUUCACUUUCUAAGCAGCUUUCCCCUUAUAGAGAAGGGAUCAUAGGGACUUCUUACUUUUAUUA